UCUUUUGAUCGAGAAACAACCUCAAAGAGGAAAUCCAAGUAACUUGGUUGGUAUGUUGUGGUGGCUAACGUUUGGUUCACUUUGCAGGACGGAGAGUACAAAAUGCCAGCCGCCGCUGUCGUUCCCUCUUACCGCUUCCUUCCUUUCUCCCCCCCUUCACCCGGCCAACGUUUACAGCCUAGAUAACCCCCCCUCUCCUUUUGAUCCCUUACCGACUCGCUAUGUCAAGCCUUCUUUUUCCUGCCCUUCUUCUUGUCGGCCCUGCGGUCCACGCAUUUGGUAUUGUUGGCCAAUAUCACCCCUACGGCCUUACGCCCAGCACUUGGUACCAACCCGACAGUCACCCAGUCCAUGCCCUUUUCCGGCGGGCCAGCGGGGACGACGGCGUCGCGUACGCUUCGGUAGGGUCUCCCGAAUGGUCUAAAGGCUUCCCUGCCGACCCUGGAUCCAUGCAAAACAUGCCCCAGGCUUGGCUUGACGCCCUCAAUAAAGCCGUCGCGGCUGGCAAGAUUCCCGAUGUCCCCGUCACCACCACUCCCCCUGGUUCCAAUCCAACAUACCCUGACGGCUAUGAUCCAAUGAGUCCCGACGUAUGCUCUGCCACCUACCAGUGCAGGAUCCCGGAUGAUAUCUGGGACGGACCCGAUGGUUACCUUAGCCUCAGCUUUGAUGAUGGUCCGUUGCCGCCGUCCCCCACCCUGUACAAAUUCCUCAAGCAGAAAGAUCAGCACGCGACGCACUUCUAUAUCGGCACCAACAUUCUUCAGCAUCCCGACUGCUUCAAGAUGGCGUGGGACAAUCAAGAUGAUAUCGCCGUUCACACGUGGACCCAUCCUUACAUGACCACGAAGACGAAUGAAGAGGUCCUCGCGGAACUUGGAUGGACGAUGCAACUGAUCCAUAAUUCGACGGGGGGGCGAGUGCCUAAAUACUGGAGGCCGCCCUAUGGCGAUUCUGAUAUGCGCGUCCGUGCAAUUGCCAAGGAAGUGUUGGGUCUCACUACUGUGAUUUGGAACCAGGAUACCAAUGACUGGAGUCUCUCAGAUCCGGUUCCUAUCACAAGUAUGGACAAGAUCGCUACCCAAAUGCACACGUGGUUGACCGGUCCGAAGAAACCCGGUCUCAUCAUCCUCGAGCACGAGCUCUCUAACCAAUCUGUGCAGGCCUUCAUAGAUGCUUGGGACCUGGUCGUCAGCAACGGGUGGAAGACGACGUCCGUCGCACAGAUGGGAGGUAGCAGCGCGUACCAGAACUCCUGGAACGCGACUUCUCCGGUCACCCAAGCUAAAGUCGCUGACCUUUCGGUCCACCCCCCGCCGGUGCAGGCGGUUGCAUCCACUACGUCUCAAGUCAAGGCCAUGCCGUCGCCAUCCGCCCCCGCUAAAUCUAGUAGACCUAAUCACGCGGGCAACAAGAGUUCCGCUUCGCAUCACAGCGCGACAUUAGCCACCCUCGGCAUAGCCGGGUUGGUGGUGGUAGCGACAGUCUACGUUCUUUCUUGAACAGUCACCCCUCUUUUUGGACGCGUCCGGCAUGCGAACCACAUACGUACAUUUUACACCUACUAUUUUCAUUACUACCCUCAGUGUCGCACUUCAUUCUUCAUACUUGUAUUCGUCAUCCUA